ACGAUGCUGCUGCUGCCGCUGCUGCCGCUGCUGCUGCUGCUGGGCGCCGCGCUGGCCCCGGGCAGCGCCUUCAACCUGGACGUGGAGCGCCCGGCCGUCUACUCGGGCCCGGCGGGCAGCUACUUCGGCUUCGCCGUGGACUUCUUCGCCCCCGACCCGCUCUCGACAUAUCUUCUGGUGGGAGCUCCCAAAGCCAACACUAGCCAGCACAACAUCGUAGAGGGAGGGCAGGUGCUCAAGUGUAGCUGGAACUCCAACAGGAACUGCCAGCCCAUUGUGUUUGAUGCCACAGGUAACAGAGACUUUGCUCCUGGUGAUCCAUUGGAAUUUAAGUCUCAUCAGUGGUUUGGAGCCUCUGUGAGAUCCCAAAAUGAUAAAAUCCUGGCCUGUGCCCCACUGUACCACUGGAGAACUGAAACAAAGCAAGAGAGAGAGCCUGUAGGAACUUGUUACCUGCUUGCUGGGUCCAAAUUUGUGGAAUAUGCUCCCUGCAGGUCAACAACUAUUGAUGCAGAUGGACAGGGAUUUUGUCAAGGUGGAUUUAGCAUUGACUUCACAAAGGGAGACAGGGUGCUGCUGGGAGGACCUGGAAGUUUUUACUGGCAAGGCCAGCUGAUUUCUGACAGAGUGACAGAGAUUGUGGCAAAGUAUGACUCCAAAGUCUACAGCACCAAGUAUGAUGACCAGCUAGCCACCAGGCCUGCCAGUGCUGCUUUUGAUGACAGCUACUUGGGUUAUUCAGUGGCUGUUGGAGACUUCAAUGGUGAUGGCAUCGAAGACUUUGUGUCAGGAGUCCCACGGGCAGCGAGAACUCUGGGCAUGGUGUCCAUUUACAAUGGGAAAAACAUGUCCUCCAUGUACAACUUCACUGGAGAGCAGAUGGCUGCCUAUUUUGGGUAUUCAGUGGCUGCCACAGAUAUUGACGGGGACAAUUACACAGAUCUGUUUAUUGGAGCCCCUCUUUUUAUGGAUCGAAGCUCAGAUGGGAAGCUUCAGGAGGUUGGCCAAGUAACCAUCUGCCUUCAGCGAGCCUCGGGAGGGUUUCAGACAGCAAAGCUGAACGGCUUUGAGAUCUUUGCGCGGUUCGGCAGCUCCAUCGCGCCCCUGGGGGACCUGGAUCAGGAUGGCUUCAACGACAUUGCAGUUGCUGCUCCCUACGGUGGAGAGGACAAGAGAGGGCUGGUGUACAUCUACAACGGAGGAGCGAGUGGUUUGAAUGCCGUCCCGUCCCAGGUCCUGGAAGGGCAGUGGGCUGCUCGCACCAUGCCCCCCAGCUUUGGGUACUCCCUGAAAGGAGCCACAGAUGUGGACAAGAACGGAUAUCCAGACUUGAUUGUUGGAGCCUUUGGUGUUGACACAGCUGUUCUGUACAGGGCAAGACCAGUUAUUAGAGUAAAUGCUGCCCUGGAAGUUAACCCAACCAUUCUAAAUCCAGAAAACAAAGCCUGUUCGCUGGGAGAUGUAAAAGUUUCUUGCUUCAAAGUGAAGUUCUGCUUAAAGGCGGAUGGCAAAGGAAAGCUCCCCAACUCACUCAAUUUCCAGGUGGAGCUGCUGCUGGACAAGCUGAAGCAGAAAGGAGCCAUCAGGAGAGCUCUGUUUCUGCACAGCAAACAGCCCAGCCACUCCAAGAACAUGACCAUUACUAAGGGGGGCAAAAUGAACUGCGAGGAGCUCGAUGCCUUCUUGAGGGAUGAAUCUGAGUUCAGAGACAAGCUGACUCCCAUCACCAUUUUCAUGGAAUAUCGUCUGGAUUACAGGACAGCUGCAGAUGCCACAGGAUUGCACCCUAUCCUCAACCAGUUCACUCCUGCCAACAUGAGCAGACAGGCCCAUAUCCUGCUGGAUUGUGGGGAUGAUAACAUCUGCAAACCAAAGCUGGAGGUGUCAGUACAAAGUGACCAGAAGCAGAUCUACAUUGGUGAUGACAACCCCCUGACCCUGAUUGUCAGCGCCCAGAACCAGGGGGAGGGAGCCUAUGAGGCCGAGCUCUUCGUCGUGGUUCCUCCCCAGGCGGAUUUCAUCGGCGUCGUUCGCAACAACGAGGCUUUGGCCAGACUGUCAUGUGCUUUUAAAACAGAGAAUCAGACUCGCAUGGUGGUUUGUGACCUGGGCAAUCCCAUGAAAGCAGGAACUAAGCUCCUGGCUGGCCUGCGUUUCAGUGUGCACCAGCAGUCUGAGAUGGACACCUCUGUCAAGUUCGACUUGCAGAUCCGGAGUUCCAACCUGUAUGACAACCUGAGCCCAGUAGCAUAUUAUCAGGCUGACCUUGCUAUUUCAGCAGCUGUUGAAAUUAGAGGUGUCUCGUCCCCUGACCACAUAUUCCUUCCCAUUGCAAACUGGCAGCCCAAGGAGAACCCUGAAACAGAAGAUGACAUUGGGCCUCUGGUUCAGCACAUCUAUGAGCUGAGAAACAAUGGUCCGAGUGCAUUCAGCAAGGUGAUGAUGACUCUGCAGUGGCCUUACAAAUACAAAAACAACACGCUGUUGUACAUUGUGCAGUAUGAAAUUGACGGUCCCAUGAACUGCACUUCUGACAUGGAAAUCAACCCACUGAAAAUUAAGGUUUCUGCUCCCAGGGAGGAUGAGAGGAACGAGACCCUGGGCAGGGAGGAGCAGCGCGGGCACCGCGUCGGCCGGAGGGACGCGGCUGCCGCGCAGGGGGACGUGCACACCCUGGGCUGUGGAACUGCUGACUGUUUAAAGAUUGUCUGCCAAGUUGGCCACCUGGAGAGGGGAAAGAGUGCAAUAUUGUAUUUAAAAUCACGCCUUUGGACCCAAACUUUCAUGAAUAAAGAAAAUCAGAAUCAUUCCUACUCUCUCAAAUCAUCUGCUUCCUUCAGCGUUAUAGAGUUCCCUUAUAAGAACCUUUCCUUUGAAGAUAUUCACAAUUCUACAGUUGUUGCUACAAAUAUCACGUGGGGCAUUCAGCCCCAGCCCAUGCCUGUGCCAGUGUGGGUUAUCAUUCUGGCUGUGCUGGCAGGGUUACUGCUCCUGGCUGUUCUAGUGUUUGUCAUGUACAGGAUGGGCUUUUUCAAACGUGUGAGGCCACCUCAGGAAGAGCAAGAAAGAGAACAACUGCAGCCACAUGAGAACGGGGAGGGAACAUCAGAAGCUUAAGCAGAGUUUUAUCUGUAAGACAUUCUCAAGUGUACACUUGCCUACAUCUUGGUAACAAAUAUUGGCUUCCCCCUUCAUGAGCAAACACUCAGCACUGCAGAGCUGCUGGUCUCAGAUGUGCAAAACAAGGGCAAAACACUUAAACCCCUCUCCUGCAUUAAUGCUGUUCCUGCCUGCCACUAACACACCUGCACUGACCCCAGGGACAAACUCCAGUGACAGCAGUGCUGGGAUUCUGCUUGCUGGGACACGGGACACAUCAUCUUUUCUGGUCCAUGCACUGACUCUCCAUGAAUUGCUACCCAGAUUCUGCAGUUGCCCUUGGAGCCAGCAGCCUCCAGAGGUGCUGGCUGGAUUCUGUGGUUGGUUUUGGUUGGUUUUGGUUGGAGUACACUACAUUUCAUUGCCUAGCUCUUGAAAGUCAGUUGCACAAAAAAAAAAAAAAAGGUGAAUGUAGCUUGUUUUACAGUACUGAAGAAUGUUCUUUACCCAUUAGCUCUGAUGAUGACUUUUUUCUCCUGCUCAAGAAAUAGGAAACAUUCAGUGGAAUCAUUCACAGCUGAUACCUGUUCUGCACACCAGUCAUCUGUCUUGUGGUUUCUCUCUAGACCUUACAAACACUGUUCUCCAGGUAUUGAGGCUCUUACUGUAGGGAUUGAGCCUGCAAGCACCAAGUGAGGGACAGAAAUCUGGGGCUGAUGUACUUUCUGUGGGACUUGGGGAAAAAAUUCAGGGCAAGAUCCCAAGACUCUGCUGUGUAUUUCCAGAGUGCAGGAUCCAGGUGUUCCACAGAGUUCUUGGCACCAUGGAUGCAUUCAUGCCCUGCCAGGGACAAGAUGCUGGGCUGUGGCUGCCAACAGACAUGUCUGAGAAAACCCUUGAUGCCCACAAGUCAAACCUGUGCAGGGUUUGAAGGCUGUAAAUUACUUGGAUGGUGUUUUGGUUUCUAGCAGGGCACUGUGUGGCACAGGUUACCUGGUGCACUGCAGGGAAGCUGUUCAUCCUCACUUUCCCUGCUUGCCCAUGCCCAGGUGCAGGAUGGAGUGGCACAGGGGCUGUGCACACCAGGCUCUCUGCCAGCCACAUCCAUGGAUCUGGAUUACACCUGCCCUUCAGCCACUCCCACAGCUCCCUCACCUCCUGCCCCCGGAGAACAGUGAGUCCAAUGAAGCAGGGAAGAGCUGGCAGUGCACAAGGGUUCAAAAACUAAAGGCUGAUUUGGCUUGUUUCAUUUCACUCAUUCAUUGUUUCAUUGGAUUCAUUCAUUGUUUCAGUCCCUGCGUGUUUCAUUGCACAAGACAUUUCAUUGCACAAGACAUUUCAUUAUGUUCAAUGCAUUUCAUUGCCAGAAAAGACACUAAGUAUUUGGAUCCAUUGCUGGUUUUUGAACAUACCAAAAGGUCGGUGGUUUAAAGCCAUGGGUUUGCAUCAGUCUCAGCUUAUUUCCCUCACCAUUGGUGUAGUGAAAGGAAACUUUUUACUCUGAUUGAGACAAGAGCAUUGUCUCUGCAUUUCAGCAGACAAGGAACUGCAGAGCAGGAGGUUGUUCAGCUUGCAGCCACAGGUUGCACAGAUCCUACAGUGGACAUAUGAACCAUUACUAAGGUGCCUUCUAUGAGACGUGUUUAUUCUCUUUCCCAAAAAGAGAAUAAAUUACACUAUAAAUUGUAAAUUACACCACACUCCCUGUGUGCAGCCAGGCACACAAAGGAAGACUUCUACUGUUCUUACACCAGUGAGAUUUCUAUGCAGACAAACUCUUGAAAGGGCAAAAACUCUGGUUUGGUUUUGUACCUUGGGGUUUUUGUUCAUAACUGCAUCUCCCCCAUAAAUACAGCAGUGCUCACUAAAGCCAGAACUUUCUGAAAUGAGCAGUUUGUUUCAACUCUGAUUUCUGCAUCCUUUCAGGGGGUAAAAUCCACCAAUGGCUUUUGUUAAAUCCAUUUUUAUUUGCUGAUCCAUGAUGGCACCUGAGAGCACUGAGUCUAGGGGGGCCAGUAUGUUCACCAGAUAUAGGCUUGCAUAUUUAUCCAUGUACAUGGGUUGGGUUUAGGCAGUUUGUUUAGAUAAAAUUAGUUCACAUGAAAGGGUGUAGGGCAUGAUUCUGCUUUCACUGAACUUUCAAGAUCUUCAGUGUGGCCAAUGUUUUAUUUUUGUCUGUAUUUUUAGUAUUGUUACUAGUAAUGUAGUAGAGAGCCAGGAGUCAGGCUUUGAUCCUGGCCUCAAAAUGUGACUUUGGUAGAGCAGCAUUAUUUUCAGUUUCUUCCAUGGGCUUGUGGUUCUCAUGCUUUGUCAGCUGAUUAUCUGUGUGCAAGGAGCUUGGUUUUACUCAGUCUUAAUCUCAGUAGGGUAAGAGGUUUAAGAGCCUGCCAGACAGAUUAUAGCUCUAAUUCCUCCAUGUGUGCUUUCAUUACAUGUACACUCCAUGGUGACUUGAAAUUUAUUAGACUACUUGCAUGUGUAGGCUUUGUUAGGAGGUGAAAAAGAGUAUUUAAAUAAAAAUCAUGGUCAAGAUCCCUCCUGCUCACAUGGAUGGGAUACCAUAGCAUUGCUAAUGUCAGUGCUAACUGCAUCCUAAUUUUACUGGAAACUCUCUUUUUGCUGAUUUUCAGGAUAAGAAGGUACAUUUUAUUGGUACAAACUGCUGUAGCUGUAGAAAGUAUCUUCCAUUUUUGAAGUUACAUAAAGUAAGACUUAUUUAAGUGAUUUUUAUUUCUUGCCUUCUGCUGAAGGAUGAAAACAAAUAGUUGCUUCUUUCAUGUCCAUUUAUUCCCAGUUAGGUUCAAAAGACCACAGUAGCAUAUGUAAAUGGAGUAUACAGGUUACUUAGCAUAGAUGUAACACCUCAAAUUCAAUUUAAAGUAGCAUUUGUGUUUCAGGGAGAUUCCAAACUGGAAAUUUUCCUGAAUGAGAGUGCAGGAAACUUUUGAUAGUGUGUUCUAGAUUCAGCAAUAAGAGUCAAGAUUAUGUAUGUACUUGUGUCAAUAUAAAUUUUAUACUGAUUUAGAGGCAUUGAUGUAUUCUUACAGCAAGUACUGUAGAAGGAUGUUAAAGAUUUUUAAGAAACUUUAGAAAAGGGAUUUUAGAAUGAAAUUAAUGCCUUUGAGUCAAGAUUGGUAUGCACAUGGUGCAUACUGGAAGCAUUUAAAAAAUACAAGUACAGUAACAGAGAAUUAGCCUUCUUUUGAUAGCUGUGUUUCAGGAGCAGAUUUUUUAUAAAUAUAAAAUCAACAGCUAUGUAAUUAUUUAGACAAUAAGAACAUUUUAAAAGAGCUAUAUCUUUUAUAAUGAAAUAUGAAAUUAUGUAAGUACUCCAGUUUGCAAUUAAUGCAGCAUCUCAUGAUCAAUACUGAAAAGUGAUUUAUAUUACAGAAUGCAUAUUAUCUAUUACUAUAUUUGACAAUAUUUAGAAAAUGUAAAGCAAGGAACCUAAUUUAUAGGUUUACAUUUCUUUCAAGAAACUAUGAAAUUGUGGAAAUAGCUUUUUGUUUAAGCAUGACUGUAAAGUCAAAUAUGGGCUAUGUUUAUCAACAUAAUUUGAAACCUUUGAGUAAGUUUGCCAAGUUAUCAGGGUUUUUUCUGUUUUAAAUCUUGAUCUACACAUUGAUCUCCAAUUCACAUAAUGCUUGUGGAAACUUUCUAAAGUUUCCUACGUGCGCUCUUUCUUUAUAAAACAUUUAUUCCAAGCAAAGGUAUCAAAUAUUUAGUUGUUUCUAAACUUGAGUCCACGCUUAAAUAGUCUUAAAGGGUAUUUUGAAAAUAUUUUGAAAAUAUUUCAGCUGUAAUCAGCACGCUCUUGGUUAUUUGACGGAAUCAUGCUGCAGUUAGAUUUUCUUUUUGCAGCAUUUGGGUUUGUUGUUGGUUACCCUGACAGAAUCCUGGAGUAUUUUUUCCAUCACUCUCCCAAACAGUCUCAGAGCAGCACUACACUGGUGAAAACCAGUUUUGGUCUUUGGUCCAGCCUAACGUGACCCUUUGAGCAUGAUUGGUUGUGUCCAGUGCUGCCGGCUGUUAAUGAGUUGGGGAAAAAAAUAAAUAUUUUAUUACAGAAAAACAGGACUCCAAAAAUAAAAAGGGUGAUGGCAGGGCCCAGAGGAGAUGAUUUUGGUUUGUUCCUGAGGCGGGCAGAGCUCUGUUGGCAGUGGCCCUGUCACAGGCAGAUGCCACAGUUGGGACCAUGGUUAUUGCUGAGCUCUGUGACUCCUGUGGGAUCUGAACCCCUUGGAUGGGACCAUGGUUAUUGCUGAGCUCUGUGGGAUCUGGAAUCCUUGGAUGGGAUCGUGGUUAUUGCUGAGCUCUGUGGGAUCUGAACCCCUUGGAUGGGAUCAUGGUUAUUGCUGAGCUCUGUGGGAUCUGAACUCCUUGGAUGGGACUGUGGUUAUUGCUGAGCUCUGUGGGAUCUGAACUCCUUGGAUGGGACUGUGGUUAUUGCUGAGCUCUGUGGGAUCUGGACUCCUUGGAUGGGACUGUGGUUAUUGCUGAGCUCUGUGGGAUCUGGAAUCCUUGGAUGGGAUCGUGGCUAUUGCUGAGCUCUGUGGGAUCUGGAAUCCUUGGAUGGGACUGUGGUUAUUGCUGAGCUCUGUGGGAUCUGAACUCCUUGGAUGGGACCGUGGCUAUUGCUGAGCUCUGUGGGAUCUGAACCCCUUGGAUGGGACUGUGGUUAUUGCUGAGCUCUGUGGGAUCUGAACCCCUUGGAUGGGAUCGUGGUUAUUGCUGAGCUCUGUGGGAUCUGAACUCCUUGGAUGGGACCGUGGCUAUUGCUGAGCUCUGUGGGAUCUGGAAUCCUUGGAUGGGAUCGUGGUUAUUGCUGAGCUCUGUGGGAUCUGAACCCCUUGGAUGGGAUCAUGGUUAUUGCUGAGCUCUGUGGGAUCUGGACUCCUUGGAUGGGACCGUGGCUAUUGCUGAGCUCUGUGGGAUCUGGAAUCCUUGGAUGGGACCGUGGUUAUUGCUGAGCUCUGUGGGAUCUGGAAUCCUUGGAUGGGACCGUGGUUAUUGCUGAGCUCUGUGGGAUCUGAACCCCUUGGAUGGGACCGUAGUUAUUGCUGAGCUCUGUGGGAUCUGGCCUCCCUGGUACUGAGUUUUCAGCCUCCAGCCUGGUGCAAUAUGCCGUGGUCUGGCCUGGCUCACUGCCAGUCCUCUGCCCACUUUUGCUGGCCUAAGAAGGGCCGUGCUGUUUCCCUUUUUUGUGGUGUUUCCUUUUUUUUUUUUUUGUGAGGACCUUGCAGAGGCAGCGUGCUCACUGGAGGUGAUGGAUUAAUUAAUUAAUGAUGCUGUUGGAAGCCUUUGAUCACCCACAUUGGGUGAAGCUUGGUGUAUAUUCUAAGGUGUGUCCACUACUAACCCGUGAGUGCUUCAGAACUGGGACCACCUUCUUUAAGGCCAUGGUGGAAAAUUUGACUAAAGACUAUAGAGUAACGGGGUUGAGUCUGUAGCACUACUGCUGUUUCAUGUGGUUGUGGUAUUUAGGUCUGUUUUUUCCCAAUGUGUAGAAUUUUAACACAGCAGAGGAAAUCUAACCUUUCAUGCAAUGACUUUCUCCAGAUAUGCUGCAUUAAAGGUGAAUAACCUGACCCUUGGCUUUUGCAGAGCAAUGGAAGAUUUCAUGUAGCAUUUUUCAUCUUAAAAAAAAAUCCUUGUACAGGUUUUGCUUUUCUAGUCCAUGAAGGAAACCUGUAUUUGCCAUGAUAUAAAUAUGCUUAAAAUGUAACAUUUUAUUUCUUCAUAAUGGAUUUUUUUUCCUUUCUUUUGUGUUUGCUUGUGCAUUAAAUCAGUAGAGCAUUAUUUGCACAAGCAGAAAAUUAACAUACUAAUGAGAGUGCUGCAUCUUAUGUUUCUUUGUCGUGCAGUAAAUACUUGCAGGAUAAAUGGGAAUAUUUUCAGUUACUAUGAACUUGUUUCAAAGGUCUUCGGUACAUUUAAGGAGAGCAAUAUACAUUUGAAGUCACCUUAUUUUGUAUUAAAUUAUAAAUUGUGCAAAGGAGUGGGUGUUGUGGCACAGUAAUUUUGUACUGAUAUGAAAUGUAUAGCUAUUAAAGCUAUGGUUUGCUUUUUAACUCGUUCUUUUCAUCCUAAUGCAAAUUUGAGUGUUUUUAUUAGGUUGUAUUUUUCUAUGUAUAUAUAUACAAUUUCAAAAUACUAUGAUUGGGUAAACUGAAAAAUGUAAUUAUUGAUUUGAUUCUGAUAUUUAGAAUUUUGGAAUAAAAUACCUCUUAAUCAACAGAAA